AAGCCGGUCCCAACCUGCCAGCCCUCCGUGUAAUCCCAAACACGCCAUGUGAAGGAGGCUUGCUGGGAAACUUCUCCCUCCCUGCUCUGGAUCACAACCAACUGUUCAGGGAUGGGCAGGGCAGGGCUGGAGCUCCGUCACGUCACUGCCGCGUGUCUCCAGGGAGGGGACUUGGCCACCCAGGACAGCCGCUCGCUAUCUGUGCCAGGGACCCUGUAUCUGCGCGGGACAGCAGCUGUCUGAGUGCCCUGGACGCAGACAAUAACAGAUUGACCAGAUCCGAGCACGAUGGCAACAGUUAAAGGUGUCUCAACUUUCAGUGCUGAGCAAGAAGCACAGGCACUAAGGAAGGCCAUGAAGGGAUUUGGCACGGAUGAAGAUGCCAUCAUUGAGUCCUUGACCAAACUGAAUGUUUCCCAGCGUCAGCAAGUUCUGAUCACCUAUAAAAGCACUAUUGGCAGGGAUUUGAUUGAUGACUUGAAGUCUGAGCUGAGUGGGAAUUUUGAAAGGGUGAUCAUUGCUUUGAUGACUCCUACCGCCAUGUAUGACGUACAUGAACUGAGGAGGGCUCUGAAGGGAGCAGGGACAGAUGAAGGCUGCCUGAUUGAAAUCCUGGCUUCUCGCACCAACGAAGAGAUUCGGCGCAUCAAUGAGAACUACAAACUCCAGUACGGCUCCACUCUCGAGGACGACAUUGUCUCUGACACAUCCUCCAUGUUCCGCAGAGUCCUCGUCUCCCUUGCCACGGGUAACAGAGAUGAGGGAACAUUUGUGGAUGAGGCCCUUGCUCAACAAGAUGCUCAGUGCCUGUACGAAGCUGGGGAGAAGAAAUGGGGAACAGACGAGGUGCAGUUCAUGUCCAUCCUCUGCACACGGAACAGGUGCCACCUGCUCAGAGUUUUUGAUGUGUACAGAGUGAUUGCUAAUAAGGACAUCACAGAGAGCAUUAAAUCCGAGAUGUCAGGAGACCUUGAGGAUGCUUUGUUAGCUGUGGUAAAGUGCAUGAGGAAUAAACCUGCUUAUUUUGCUGAAAGAUUGUACAAAUCCAUGAAGGGCCUGGGCACCGAUGACAGCACGCUGAUCCGGGUGAUGGUGUCCCGCUCGGAGAUAGACAUGCUCUACAUCAGGAGGGAGUUCCUGGCCACCUACGGCAAAUCGCUCCACUCCUUCAUUAAGGGAGACUGCUCAGGGGACUACAGAAAAGUUCUGCUUAGGCUGUGUGGUGGAGAGGAUUAAAGGAGGCCUGGAGAACCUGCUGAGUGAUGGGAAACAGCUGAUCAUAGAAUUGUUUAGGUUGGAAAAGAUCUUUAAGAUCAUCGAGCCCAAUCACGAUAAAGAUUUCUUUUCUUCUUUUUUUCCCAAAUGCCUUAUUAAUUACUCUGAUUAUUGGCUUAGGUUAGUUCAUACUCUGGUUAGAUAGUGGCCAUUCUGGUUGACCCUUGAACACCCAUUUGCCUACUAACUGGGCUGGUGAAGCCCAUCUUGCACAGAAUGCUGUAACCAAAGGUAUAAAAGUUGUUUCCUGACCAGCUGCCCCUUUGCUGUUGUGUCCACCAGUAAAACACAUCAGCUAAAGCAAACCUGGAUGCACAGUGUGAGAGGCUGCACACAGAAAAGCCAACCUCAUUGGUACAUGGAGACUGCAGACCAUGGCUUUGCUUUGGUUUUUCAGAAGAAUUAAAACAAAAGAAACCAAAUACCUAAAAUACAAGCACGUUUACAUAUUAACUUGCCUCUGUUAGUGUGGAGCAUUAACAGCCUGGCAAUACUGUGUGUAUAUGUUGCCUGUAGCUCUGUAAGUGGGGAAGUUGUCACUUGGUGACAUGAGAAAAACCUUUUUCUGCCCUGGUCAGAGCAGCCCAGUGGUUUUGGUCUUUCUGCUGGAUCAUGGAAGUAUAAAUAAUUAGAGUUACAUUAUAAACCCUGCUCUGGAUAAAGUGAUGUCAUUGGAAUGUUGUCUUUUAAGGAAUGACCUGUCCCCAAAACCCCAUCUCACCAGCCUGGUGCUGGGGCACCUCCCUAAAUCAACCUGAGCUAAUUCCCCAGAGCUGCCUGGGACACCUGCCCACAUCUCCCCACACUGGCUGACAGCUUCCCCAUGCCACAGGACCAGUAUGGGAUCCCGUGUUUGUGCCUGGCCCUCACAUGGAUGUCUGCAUCAACCUCUGGGAGAGAUUUCUCCCCCAGACCCUACACAUCUGCCUGUUCACCGUUCUCACUCCGAAAAUGGGAUUCUGAUUUGUCUUAGCAAUUUAUUUUUUACUGCUGGUGUAUAAUCCUGUUCUGAAGGACCAGACUGAGGCUGCAUUGUCAAAGCUCAAACACUGAGGUGGCUACACCCCAAUUCCAUUACUCAUUUUCCUCUAAAACAGGCAGCUGCUGGCUGGAAUAGGAGAUGCCUCUAUGGCUCCAUUCAAAUAAUUUUCUUUCUCAUUUUCUGGACUGCCAUUGGAGACCUAUUCCUGACUUUUGCUGGCAGAAGAGACAGAGCUUUAUCCAUUAUUUUGAGGGUUCUGCCCAGGACAGGGAAGUGCCCAGCACAGCACAGCAGCUGUGGAGGUGCUCGGGCUUGGGCACGGGUUUCAGUGCACGUUGGGUUUCAGUGCUUUGGGUCAGGUUGCUGAGCAUUGAAAAAUGAAUAAAGAAUUUGUUUCUGUA